CUCUUACCAGAGGAUAUCUUUCUUUUGAAAUUCGUUACCUUUCAACGCUUGUUUGCCCUCUCUUGCGAAUAUCUAAUAGCAUUUCUCCCAAGAUACAAUUUCAUUUCAGGGAUUAUUUAAAUAUUGAAUUGAAUGGAUGAGCCCAGUAGUUCCUCUGCAGUUCCUUAUCGAGGCUGGAGAAAAGCUGUGUACCAGUUUACGCAACAAAAUCUCCCAGCCUGUAAACCUGUUUUAACACCGGCAUGGGUUAUUUCAACAUUUUUCAUCAUAGGAUUCAUCUUUAUUCCCAUGGGGCUUUUCUUCCUUCAUACUUCACAAAGUGUUGUUGAAAUUGUUGAUGGGUAUGAUACUGAGUGUGUACCUGUACCAUUUAGAAACAGCAAAGUGGCAUAUAUCAAAGAUGACUCAGUUUCCAAAAAUUGUACCCGAUACUUGAAGGUUCCUAAGCACAUGAAGGCUCCAAUAUAUGUUUAUUAUCAGCUUGAUAACUACUAUCAAAACCACAGAAGGUUAAUGGUUCAAUUAAGAUUUAAUUGAUCUGUUUUGGUCACUAGGCUUGACGCAGUGUGAAUUAUAUGGCAAUUGUGCAUCUGAUAGGCUCACAUGUGUUCUCUAGCUCUUGCAUCUUUUCCUUGAUAUUGGAGCUUCACCAUGCAGGUUUUCAAGCCUUGGUCCAAUAUCUAACAAACUGAUGUUCUACGUUUGGAGUAUUGUUUUGUGGAUGGAGAUGAAGAGACAUGGAGCCUCACAACUAGGAAACUAGGCGCGCAGCUUGACUGUUACACAUCUAGUUUAGAUUUUUAUAGUAGAAAUUAGUUGCAUUUAUAUUAUGUAAAAAAUUGAUAUUAUUACUUUUUUUCAAUGUAUACUUGCUUAUUGAGUAGGAAUGUUAUUUGUUAAUUAAAAAACAUUGUAUUACAAAUUUUUAAUUAUUUUUGGAAUAAAGCUUUCAUUUUUAGAUCAAUUUGUAAUUCUAUUUUGGAUUGU